AAUGGCGGGAGAUAAAGUCGACAAACAAACUUUGAAAUCUUUUUAUUGAACUUUCUGAAUUUCUCUUUGGCUUUCGGCGCCUUCUGUAUCAAAAUGAGAUUAACAUGUAAUGUUGAAAUAGUUAACAGACUGCUUCCCUCGUAUAAUAUGAAAAAACCAUCUGCUAAAGCCCAUUCCCAAAUCUCUCUUGGUAAAAAACCUGGGUCAUCAAGCAAAGAUUCUGCACUGUUUCUUAUGAUAUGUACCGCUAAAGAUAGAAAUGGCACUAAAAUAUUGGUAAAAGAUAAUAUUGAACAGUUUUUUGCUAAGUUUAUAAAUGAAGGUAAAGCUACAAUUAGAGUGAAAGAUCCACAGAAUGAUAUUUGUAUCAGUAAGGCUGACCCUCUACAGUUGAAGAACUUUCUGAAUUUGGUUCGAGCUGCUAGUCAAGGAAAGGAACUAGAUCGAGUUACACUCUCAGCAUUAGCUCCUGCAUCUGCUCGCAAUGUUGAAAAACCAAAAUCAAAAAUGGUGGUUCUUACACGUAAAGACUAUCCAAUUACAACCAAUUUUCCAAGUAGCCUAAUCCACUUACAGGUAUCUCAUUGUAAUAUGAAAAGAGUGGAUUCAAGAAUUCUCAACCUAAAAAAAUUACAAAUUCUGGAUUUAAGUGAGAAUUUGAUUCACCAAUUACCAGAAAAUUUUCAUAACCUUCCAAAGUUAAACACCAUACAUCUCAAUAAAAACCAAUUCACAGUAUUUCCAAUGGUGAUAUGUAAAAAGCCAAUGUGUACUAAUAUUGUUGCAUUAGAUCUUAGUGAUAACAAACUAACUAAAGUUCCACUAGAACUGUGUGAACUUCAAGCCUUACAUCAAUUAAAACUAGAUAGAAAUGAAAUAGAAUUGCUUCCACCAACUAUAGGUAAACUGGGUAGAUUAAAAGAGUUGAGUUGUGUUAAUAAUAAUCUAAAAACAUUACCUGCCAGUUUUAACAGAUUACAGUUGGAUUCUCUAGAUUUAUAUGGUAAUCCCUUUAAUCUCCCUGAUAGUGAUACAGUCUUAACUUCACAUCUAGAAUUCCCUACUCUAUUAGAGGUUGCUGCUAGAGCUAUCAGAAAAAUGAGAAUACCAUACAAUAGUGAAGAGAUAUUUGUGCAACUGUGUCAUUAUUUGGAUUCAGCCAGACAAUGUUGGUGUGGUAAUUUUUGUUUUCGAUGUUCAGCAAGAUUUAUUUGUCGUAUGGACUUACAUCAACUUGCUAAAACUGUCACAGGUUGGAACAGUUUAGGAGAAACUUUAGUUCCAGUGGAGGCUUUUCUCUGUUCACAGCAUUGUCUUAACAAAUUCCAGAAAAAUUCAAAGGCAUAUUGGAAGAAAUGAACUGCAGGUCAUCAUAGUGCUAAAUUCUUCAGUGUGAUUGUGACUCAUUGUCAUGUCAAUAUGUAUAUAUAUAAGUCAGAUCUCAUGUCAUAUUUAUUGUGAAUCAAUUUCUUCGUGUCCAUGCUUAUAUCUCAAUAUAUAUUCAUAGAUAAUUUACCUUCAAUGUGUCACACUGAUAUCAGAGAUGGUUCUGUAAAUAUUGAAGGAUAUUUCCUCACAAUCAUAUUGAUAAUGUUCUGUUUAGUGUUUAAUAUAUUUCUGGUUACACUUAAAAUGUUGAUGGAUCAAUAAAUUGGUUACUUGAUGGUAAUUAUAUCAUUAUUGUAUAUUAUUGACCAGUUUAUCAACUGAACGAUAUAUUUGGAAGGUUCAUGGGUCUGGCCUAUAAAACUAAUCUAGUUUGAUACAAGAAUGCAUUGUGACCACAGUCAGAUUUGAAUGGUAGUGUAAAGACCCAAUGUGCAUCAAUAAAAACAUUUU